UUUUUCCCCCUAAAGUACAUUACAUUUCUGCUAAGAAAACGAAUCAAAUCUUCUUAUACCUUGCCCCCUAAAGAUGAAAACAAUAUUCGCCAACUUGCUCCACCCGUCCACCUUCUCUUCCUGCUUAUAAGGAAGAGCAAGCAUGGCAAUAUCUAACUACCCAUACCAUUCCUUCCACUGUGACAGCUCUUUGCUUUCAAAGCUUCUUCCCUUUUGUUCAUUUCUUUACCUCUCAGAUAUACCAAACCGAUACUCCGAUUUCCAAACUUUCACUCACAAAUAGAAAUGGCAUCAAACUCUUUCAGUUCUUCACGUAGUUCUUCUGGUUCCUCCUGGACACCAGAGCAGAACAAGCAAUUCGAACGGGCUUUGGCCUACUUCGAUAAGGACACCCCAGACCGCUGGCAAAAUAUAGCCAGGGCUGUGGGGGGGAAAUCAGCAGAGGAAGUGAAGAGGCUUUAUGAGAUCCUUGAGAAGGACAUCAUGCAAAUUGAAACUGACCAAGUCCCAUUGCCCAAUUACAGGUCUACCAGGAGCAAUGGUAGAGGCCCCGGUAAUGAACCAAGGCAGAGUGGUGGUAAUUAUCUCUAAGCAUUAUCUGUGCAUUGCAGCUUGUGUUAAUCUUUGUUUGCCAUCAUUUUAUUUAGUUAUAUUCAUACAUGGGAAUCUUCCUCAUACUAAGAUUCAGGGGAUUGCCCACCAUGAUGCAAUCAUCCAGCAUGAUAAGAAAUCUAAGCAUCUUCAGUUGAUUAUGCUCCACUGGCUUUAUCAGGCAAUAGGCAGGAACAGUCUGGCAAGGUUGAGCAUUUCCAUGGAUUAUACAUGAUGAAUUCAUGGAAACUAAAUUUGGGAAACACAUUGAUAUGUGUCCUAAACAAAUCAGAACACAAACAGAACUUUAUGACCACUCAAAGCUAUGAGAAACAUAUGUGUGAAGCAUAGAAGAUUAUCAAUCCCAACUCCCAUUAUAAUGCAUACAAUGUAAAGAAUUUUCCCCUUUUCUAAUCCCAGAAGUAAAACUCUCAAAGUUUUGUACCAUGUGUCAGUUUAGGGUUACUGCCAUUUCCAUUUGUGGUAGUUAACGCAAAAACCAAUCACUGAAUCCUUCCUAAAGAGAGAAAUACUACAUGAACUUCAGUGAUAUUUUGCAAAAUCCUAUCCCUCUAUUUAACAUUCGAAAAGAAAACAUCAUGAAAUCUAAUCCUAUUUGUUUAAGAUCAUGUGCAUGGUCGGUGUUUCUUGUCUUGAUAAGGAUCACCUAUUGAAGAAUCAAAUCUACAUUCACGAUUGUUGUAGAUUCACUAUGAUCAAGAAACAAUUACAACUCUCUUAUACAAUACAAGAGGCGCCCCUCAUUUAUAUAAGCAUAAAAGCAAGGACAAGGCAUAAGCAACAGGAAAAUUACUAAAGUCCCCAUUGAAUCGAGAACCCAAUGACCAGUACUUAUUAAGGUGCACAAUACCCAACAAAAAUGUUUCACUACUUUCUCAUGCCACGUAAGCACAACCUUUAUGGAUGAUUACACUUCCUUGAAAAGGAGGCUGGAAGUUCGAUUCCUCACGAGGGCCAUUGGUUUCUUAUGUGAGUUGAGAUCCUCUCUCUCUAAACCUCCACCCCCGGGCCUCACUUUUGGCCGGCCGACCGCCGCCUUUGGCUAUGGCGGUCGGCCCAGCUCUCUUUCGUGUUUGUGUGCUGGUUUCUGUUUUCAAUAAACUUGAUUCCCACAAUUUCUUCCCACUUUGGUGUCCUUUUUCUGUGUCUUCAGGGGGGCUUCGGCUUGUUUUUUUUUGUUGUCUGUUUCUGUGUCCACCUUGGGGUUUAAGGGACAAAACAGAGUAGAAGGAGGUCGGGUUUGGACCGGUAUAGAGGUUGGCCAGAUCUGGAUGGAUCUUCAUUCGGGCGCUCUUUUGUGAGUGGGAGUUUGAGGGAUGAACUUGGUUUCGGAUCUAUGGAGUUGCUUCGGUGCUUUGUUUGGAGGGAACAAGGGUGUUGUAGUUGAUCUAGAUCUGUCUAAGAUUUCAUUCGAGCGCUCCUUUUCGAGUGGGAGUUUGAGGGGUGAGCUUCAUCCAGAUGUAUGGUUUUGUCUCGGCGGUUGUUCGAUGUUUUGGGUUGUCAACACCGAGGCUAUUGCAUUGGGCGUGUUUGGAGUUUGGAGCCGGAAAGCUGUGCCCGAUCAUGGAAGUGGAGAUGGCAAUGGGUCUUGUUGUCAUGAGUGUUGAUCGGCCUUGGGUGUAUUCGAAGUGCUCGGAGUUUUGAAUCAGUAUAGAAGUUCAAACCGUGGAAGUGGGUUUUGGCUGUGUUCAGAUGGGUGGCUAUGAAGUUUUCCGGCCAGAGAAACUCCUCGGUAGGAGCAGAGAAGUGUGCAGCAGGUAGGUAAUC